UAUUACUAUAUUUAUUUGAUGUCCUUAAUACGAAAUCUUAAACAGAUACUUUUAUUGAACUCUUACGAAGGUUACGAGGAGAAUAAAACGAAAAAAAAUGUUCUUCUUCUUCGUCGGUGGAUUAGGGCAACAAGUGAGACAAGUCCUAAAAUCCGGCGCCGGAACAUGCAUAAGAUGCGGUUCUCAAGCCGAUUUGGUCGAGUACGACAAAGUCAUAAAGCUCUUCUUCGUUCCUGUCUGGAGAUGGCCUGGAAAAGAUCCUCUACUUCAUUGUAGAGACUGUGAUCUGUUCUUCCCUCAGUCUCUGUCACCGCCUCCAGUUUCUUUAGCUACGUGUCGAUUCUGUGAUCGUGUUGUUGAGCCUGAGUUCCGUUUUUGCCCUUUUUGUGGCUCUUCUCUGUGAGUCUUGGUCUGUCCAAAAAAGUUGAUCUUAUCUCUCUGAUUAUAUGUCUGUAGUAACUUUUUAAUACAUGUUUUGGUUUACAGUUUACUAAGUCUAUAAGUUGUGUUCAGUGUUCUGUCCUAAACCCAAAUCAUUCAUAUACAGAAUGUGAAAUUUAGUCAUGUACUUGGAUGGUAAUAUAGUAUGGUUAAAUUGUCCGGUAAAAAUUGCCAAAUUUUACCACCAAUGCUAAGAAAAUAUUAGCUUUCUUUUUGCUG